AUGGCCCGGUUGGCCGCCGCGUUGGCGCUGGUGCUCGGUUCGGGCGCGCUGGCGGCGCCGGAAAUCGAUGCCGCCGGCCCGUCCGCCGGCCCCCGCCGGUUUCACGCGAAGUUUGUAAUCGACCGGCGAACGGCGCAAUCAAUCGGCAUCAAUCACCCAACCGCCGUGCCACCAUCCUCAACCCGGGGGCCCGAGACGCCCCUGCCGAACGUGGCCAAGCUUCGCUCGACGACGCGCUGUCGGGAGGGAUGCUUGCAGAAGCGUUCCAUAAAGGACAUCCUUUGCACGCAGCAGCGCGAGUGCUCCAUGUGCUGGGACGUGUGCAACCGUAACCACCAGCUGCGGAAGGAGAACGAGCUAGCGCACCGGCUGCUGCUGAGCCUGGUCCGGUUGAUCCGCAACGAGUCGGUGGUGACGGCGGACAUCGAGUGGACCACGCCGGAGGAGCUGGUCCAGCACCAGCCGCACCCGGGCGUCCCCUCGCCGCUGGCCGCCAGCGAGAACGUCGAGCGGCUGUCUCGCAUCGCCCGGGACGGCUCGGGACAGCCGGCGAGUGCGGCCGCCGUUUCGCGCAUCAUGCAGACGCUGCAGCGGACGGGCACCGGCGGCGGGUCGGUGACGGCCACGAGGCAACCCGCGACCCAGGAGUACCACCAGUGUCUGGUGUCGUGGGAGAUCUCGGGCGGCGGCCUCACCGGCAACCUGCUGACGGAAACGUCCAAGGUGGAGCUGUCCCUGUGGCCCAACACCAAGUACCACGUGCACGUGACGUGCCGCAAUAAGGAAACGGACGCCCUGAUCCGAUCGUCGUCGCUGCUGGUGGACACGAGCGAGGCGGUCAUUGUGAGCCUCCAGGGAACGACCACUCCCGCGACAACGACGAGUGACCGCCCGCUGGUGAACUCCGCCAUCAACUCGGCCGUCCGCGACGAGGCGGAGGUGUUCGUCCCUUCGGCCGACGAGGAGGUGCUAGGUGAGCGGCAUCAGCAGCAGCAGCAGCAGCUAGGUCAAUACCAACGACAGCACAGCUUCUGGCCGUUCGAUCGGUCCGGCGGGUCGGCGUCACCGAGCGGCUCGAAGGAGGCGAUCAUCCUGGGCGUGUUCGUGGCGUUGCUCGCGCUCGUCCUCGUCGCGCUCACCGUCGUGCUGGUGGUCCGCCGGAAGCCGGGUUCGCACGAGGACCGCGAGCUGCUGAUCGAGAGCGAGGUGCUGCCCAAGAUUCUGCACGUUUGAUAGGGGCACGCCGAACCGAGGCGCCGGCGCCGAUCACUGUUGUAAAUAGUAAUCAAUAAUGGAUAACGCAAAAAACAACCAAGCAGCGACAACCACGCGUAAGUUUGCAUUUGUUUGAUUUUCUUGAUCCUUACUUUACCAAAACGAGAAGAUAAAGAGAAGGUAAAAGCGCCCUCCCGUUAAGCUCCACUGCCUUCAGUCUGAGCCAUCCUCCAUUUCCCACUGACUGUUGGUGCAGUUAUUCUACCAUUCGAGAUCGCUCGGUGGAAAACUCGAUUCACGAAAUAGCGAAACCCGGGGAACGGGAAGCAUUCUGAUCAAACGAACGUCAUAUAAGGAAAGUAUGAUAAGAGCAGGGUUGGUACAAGAGAUCAAGCAAGAAAUACUAGUCUUAGAACGUGUGGCAAAUUGGGCACGGAGCUGCCUUUCUGUAGCGUAGUUAUGGGACGUCUUUGACCACGAAUUAGGUAGAAUGAAGAGCAAAAGCGAGAGAGAACGAGAGACAGGGAAAGAGAAGGAGAGUGGGAGUUAGUUAAAUUUUCAAAGAAAGCGACAUCGCAAUAGCACCGCAUGUUGCCAGGGAAUAUUAUAAAAAUGGAGCAAUGUUAAUAAUAUUUAUAACAAAUGAAAAACAAAUAUGAACAUAGAUGUGGACAAACAGACUGGAAAGUUCUAACCAGCGAUUGCAGCAUUACUACACCGAUAAAUCACUUUACACAGUGUUACUUUGUGAGAGGAGUAAAGUCAAUAUAAGAAAAAAAAACACACAUAACUUUCAUCCCGUAAAAUAGUUUCAGUGUGAGACAAACUAGCAAAUUUAACAACAAAGUGAAAACCCAAAACAAAUCCCACAAAAUCUCCCGUAAAGUAACAAGUAAUAAACUGCCGGUAGUAGAACGCUCUAAAGAGAAAGAAAAGAAAGAAAGAACGAAAGAAGGAGAGCAAACAGCGUCCAAGAAAUCCCAGAAAUAGUUCAUCAAUGUUCGAAGAAAAUGACGAUAAGCGCCCGUUUAAGGUUGCUCCAAAAAUACACUCUACGCUGGAAGAAAAGGGCGAGGGCUUAAACCGAGGCUGUGUGGGUUUCUCGCUAGAAGCUAGAGGUAAUCAUGGAUGUUUUCAAUGUGUUCCGGAUGUGGUUAAUACAUACACACUGGCAGCGAAUGGGACAACGACAACGGGGGGAGGAAGAACUUAUUAAAAAGGAGUGUAACAGAGUUUAAAAGAAAUUGAACAACGACUAACGACAUGAGAAUCACGGAGGAUGCGAAGUAGCAAAAACGGAAAGCGAGCGAACUGAGGCACGUCGUUGUCCCCUCCCCCAUUAGUCUAACAAUAACUAAAGAUAAAGUAAAAAUACAUACAAAAUCCUAUCUUCGCCCGUGUCGCUAGCGGGAAAAGUCGGUGUAAUAUAAAGAAGCAAAUCAUGUGUAAAUUUAUGUAAAAAGACUGACUCAAAAUCAUUGUAAAAUA